AUGGCAAAAGUGGCUGAUUUGAUAAUUAUCGUCUUGCCAAUUUAUCAAAUUCGACGUCUUCAACUUCCGUUAAGUCAAAAGUUUGGAUUGGCCUUGAUGCCCAGUCUUGGAUUUUUUGUCGUCGCAUGUACCGUUGUUCGAAUGGCCACAGUCGGAGUAGCCAUUACUGCGACAGACACAAUGUAUUAUCAAGCGACGUCGAACUCAUGGACUUUCGUCAAAGGCAAUGUUUCCAUCAUUUGCGCUUCAUUACCCAUCCUGAAAGCUCCCAUAAUAAGGUUUUGUCCCUGGUUGAUGCGCAACAAAACCACAACAUCAGCAUAA